UUCAGUUCAUCUGCUAUUAGCUUAGCUAGUGCAUAGUGGAGUUACUUAGGUGAGAUGAUGACAUGCACCAUUUCAGAAACUCGUGUCAAUUGCAAAUGCAUGUGAGCUCACCUAUAAAUUGUGUCUAUAUCGACCUCUAGCUGAUCACAACACCAAAACGCAUACACAAGCUAGAUAGUUGGAAGCUAUCUCCUUACACAAUGGCGAACACCAACAAGCAGGCUCUAGCUCUCGCUGCUCUCUUGGUCCUGCUCACCAGCACCCACCUCGCCGCUGCCGCCAGAGCCCCGGUUUCUGUCACCGGCAUUGGCGCUGGAGGAGGAGGCUAUGGUGGUGGUGGUGGCGGAGGAGAAGGUGGUGGAAGUGCCGGUCAUGGUUAUGGCUACGGCUCGGGCUAUGGUGCUGGUUAUGGCUCUGGAGGCAACAUUGGCGGCGGUGGUGGUGGUGGCCAUGGGGGUGGUGGUGGUGGAGGCAGUGGUGGCAUGGGAUCAGGGUACGGCUCUGGUUACGGUGGUGGUUAUGGCUCCGGUUAUGGUUCCGGUGGUCAAGGCGGUGGGGGAGGUAGCGGGGGAGGAGGCGGCGGUGGAUCUGGCUACGGUGGUUUUGGUGGUGGUUACGGGUCUGGGUCUGGGUAUGGAGAAGGCUAUGGAUCGGGUGGUGGCAUGAACGGUGGUGGUGGUGGAGGUGGCGGUGGUGGAGGAGGAGGUGGCAGCGGAAGUGGUGGUUUUGGGCAUGGAGGCGGUGAAGGCUACGGACAUGGUGGUGGAGGUGGCUAUGGUGGCGAACAUGGCCAUUGAACAUUUGAACAUCAUCUAUAGAAAUUGUUACCACCGUUUGUAAACAUAAAUUAAGCUGGUGAAUUAUAAAGUAAUAAACACCGUGGCUACGCUUGGGUUGAUCAGCCUGCUAUGCAUGUUAAUAAUUGUUGCCACUGUACUGUAUUCAUAAGGUGGAAUAAAGCUUGUACCAUUUGAAUAGUGA